AUGGAUUUUUUCAACUCAGCUCUUGGAAAAAACAUCAGUUUUGUGCGUCCUGAAUAUUUCAUAAUAAGUGGAUUUAAUGGCAUACCUUAUAUCCACUAUUACUAUGUCUUUCUCUUUUGUGUUUAUAUUGUUGCAGUGCUGGGGAACACAGCUGUGAUGGCAAUAAUAUACUUGGACCAUAAUCUAAGAACUCCAAAAUAUGUUGUAGUUUUUAAUUUAGCAUUUGUGGACCUGUUUGGUAGUUCUGCUUUGGUGCCGAAGAUUCUUGACAUAUUUCUGUUUAACCAUCAGUACAUCCCCUACAGCGACUGCUUGGCUUUCCUUUUUUUCUGCUUCACCAGCCUUUCAAUGCAGGUUCUUAAUCUGGUUGCACUCUCCUAUGACAGACUGAUAGCGAUCACCUUCCCACUGCACUAUCAAGUGAAGGUGACCCACAGGUUCAUGCUGUCUCUGAUUGCCUGUUUCUGGGUCUUUGUUAUAAUUGCUGUACUCAUUUCAGUUGGUCUUCUCACAAGACUUUCCUUCUGUAAGUCUGUGGUUAUUAACAGCUAUUUCUGUGACCAUGGACAGAUAUACCGGCUGGCCUGCAAUGACUAUACACCCUCCCGUGUCAUUGGUGUGUUGUUAGUAGUCGUUAUUCUUUGGUUUCCACUAACAUUUAUCCUGUUUACUUAUUUAUGUAUAGGCUAUGCAUUGUCUAAAGUAGCCACAGUUCAGGAAAGAGUGAAGGCCUUUAAAACGUGCACAGCUCAUCUCUCAUUAGUGGCAAUAUAUUUUAUCCCACUGUUAAUCACAUUUACCUUUAUGGGAAAAUUACAUCCAAAUGCCAGGAUCAUAAACUUGUCUCUGACCUCCGUAUUUCCUCCCAUGUUGAACCCAAUCAUUUAUGUUCUGCAGACACAAGAAAUCAAAGAAUCUGUGAAAAAAGAAUUAAAAAGAAAAAUUCCCAAAUUUCGGUGA